AAAGCUGGCCUCCUCGGCCCCCUCGCUGCCCCCGGCCCCAGACCCGGACCCAGACCCGGACCCUGAGGCUGACCAGCACCACACCCAAGAGGAGCAGUAUGUGAGCGAGGGGGAGCGCAGCCAGCUUGACACACAACCGGUGCUGAGGGACGCUGAGACCAUCACAGAUGUGUGCAACAGUACCGACCUUCCAGAGUUUGAGAUCAUCAGUCUCCUGGAGGAGCAGCUGCCAGUUUACCGGCUGCGUGCGGACACCGUCUAUGGCUACGACCACGAUGACUGGCUGCACACCCCCCCUCGUUGCACCGGACACCAGGCUCGACCUGACUACAGAGCAGAUCGAGGAGACACUCAAAUACUUCUUACUAUGUGCAGACAGAGUGGGCCAGAUGACGAAGACCUACAAUGACAUCGACGCUGUCACACGUCUGUUGGAGGAGAAAGAGAGAGAUUUGGAGCUGGCAGCGAGGAUUGGCCAAUCACUCCUUAAGAAGAACAGAAGUCUGACUGAGCAGAAUGACUAUCUGGAGGAACAAGUGGGACAAAUCACAGAGGAGGUUGCCCAGUUGCACCAUGAACUGAACCUGAAGGAUGAGUUGCUGCAGUUUUACACCAAUGCUGCUGAAGAGAGUGAGGAUGAGUCCAGCAGCUCCCCGACGGGGAAGAAGAGUAAAGUGGAAACAGCUUCAGGAGGCUUUGUGAGUGACACGCUGCAGAGGAAACUCAAAGAGCUGGAGGAGGAAAACCUGUCGCUGCGAUCAGAGGCAAACCAUCUAAAGACAGAGACAGAAACUUAUGAAGAAAAGGAACAGCAGCUUGUCAACGACUGUGUAAAUGAACUCAGGUUGUCCAGCCUCCAAAUCUCUGCCAUCGCAGAAGAACUGGCUCGUAAGACCGACGAUGCUUCUCGCCAGCAGGAAGAGAUAACACAUCUCCUGUCGCAGAUUGUAGAUCUGCAAAAGAAAGCCAAAUCUUACGCAGUGGAGAAUGAGGAGCUCUCUCAGCACCUGAUGGCAGCUAAAGACGCCCAGAGGCAGCUUACAGAGGAGCUCCAGGAGCUGGAGGAGAAAUAUUCUGAGUGUAUCGAGAUGCUGCAUGAAGCUCAGGAGGAGCUCAAGAACCUUAGGAACAGAAACUACCAAGCAGGAACCCCCCGACGCUACCAUCCUCUGGGACUGUACCCAAUGGAUUCUCUGGCAGCUGAGAUUGAAGGAACGAUGAGGAAGGAGCUGAGUCUGGAGGAUCCAGAGUGUGAAGAGCAGAAGAGCCAUCGUAAGCGUGUGUUCGAAACCGUCAAGAACGUGAACCAAACAGUCCGUCAGCGUUCACUGACUCCGACCAGCGCCAACAUCCCAGGCUCUAACCAGUCUCUGUCGGCCCGUACAUCACCACAGUCCAGCGGCCUGUCCACACCCCACUCCAGUAUGUACGGAGACGGCACCCUCGACAACCGGACGCAAAGCAUCCUGAUGGAGACAGCGUCCAAUCAGGACAGCAACAGCACCGAGGGCCGAGAAAAGAAGGCGAGUGGGGCUGAGGAUCUGCGCCUCGCUCUGCGCCGUCUGUCUCUGCGGCGGCAAAACAACCUGAGCGAGAGGCGCUACUUUGAGGAGGAGAGGGAGCGCAGGCGAGGAGGACACGGAGGCCUCCAGGAAGCCCUCAGCCUGGGCCAGGAGAGCGCAAUAACCCCCUCAGAAAGCAUCAUGUCCCUGGGGAACCUCCACCUGUGGGCCUCCAGAGGGCCCUACCUCCCCGACAAACUCCAGAUUGUCAAACCGCUGGAAGGUUCUGCCACCCUGCACCACUGGCAGCAGUUAGCCCAGCCUCACCUGGGGGUGAUUCUAGACGCCAGGCCUGGAGUCGUCCCCAAAGGCUACAGACCCCUCGAACUAGAGCUGGAACAGGUCUACCCAUGGGGCGGCUUUGAGGAGGAUGAACCAGGAGAGCAGUACUUCCAGAACCUGCCCACCUCCACUGCCUCUGCCUCCCCCGCCGUGCCCACCACCUCCAGCACUGCUGACCCCAAUGUGGGACCGCCUCCACCAAGCCUCGCUCCACCCUCUCCCCCAUCUCCAAAUCCAUCACCACAUCUUAGCAAUACUGAUGCUGUGGCUGCUUACUAUCCAGGUAAAUGCAUGGCUCACACUAGUUCUACGUACACUUUCACAACCUGUCGCAUCCUCCAUCCGACUGAUGAGCAGACUCGGGUCACACCAAGUCUGAACCCAGUCCCAGCGUCGUCCUCAUGUGUAAUGACCAGUUGUUUGUUGGGUACUCCUGCUGCUACACCAUGCACACCUCGCAGGCUCAGUCUCAGGCCAUCUGAAUCUUCUACCAACCUCAGAGAUGCAACACGCACCACCAGCACCUCCCUGGGGUUAGUGCGCCUUCUCCAGGAGAGAGGGAUCUCAGCAGCGAUGUACCACCAUAACCAGGGCCUGGAGCACAAUCAGAGCAGCGGAGGAGUUUUACUCAGCACCUCAGUAGCCCCCAACAGAACACCCAACCCCAACAUUCUUCGUCCGUCUACUCCUCCCAACUCCCCCACAGGACAGGGAGCUUCAGCUGCACCCACGCCUGCAGGCUUUGACUUUAAGAGCCCGUCUUACGACAACUUCCUGGCAUCUAAACCGGCCCGUUCCAUUCUGAAGGAGGUGACGGGGGGAGUGAGAGGUCGUCAGAGGGGGAGGGACUGUGAGAGCCAGACUGAUGUUAGUGUGUCAGUUCACAACCUAAACCUGUUGGACAAGGUGAAGCGGCUCGGUGUGUCUGGAGCUCCAGGAGGCAGAGCAGGAAGUCCCGGCCCCAUCCUGGGACCUCUGGGCGGGCUGCGGAGAUCCGGCUCCCCUUUUGGGCCUGAUGGAAUAAGGAGGAACCGGAGUUAUCCAGCCAUGGUCGGAGCCAGCAUGGCCAUGAAGGCCCCGGGGCCCCAGGAGUAGCCUAGAUUGCUGGUGACCAUCAGGGUUUCCACGACUUGGGCAGGGCCAAGGACUGGCUGUUGAACAGUCACCUGGAGCCCAAACACUGUCCGACACUGUUCAUACUGUAAGACCAAACAUAGCACUACUGAACAGCGUAUCACUGUUGAGAUUACACACUGAUACUAUCCACUUAUGAGUACUUGACUUGCUUUUGAUUUAUCAGCAAAAUAACUCUAAGGGUCAGUUCGCCAAAAAUGUAAAAAAGUUCUAUCUAGCCAUUAAGAUACUAUAGUUUUCCCACAUUCUACAAUACUAAUGGGACGGCUGUUUUAGCUCAGUCUAUUGAGGGACAGUGAAGUUUUGAUCGUGUUCCUCCAAACUUUAAAGGUGCAGUGUUUAGGGGGAUCUGUGAGCAGAAAUGGAAAAUGACAACUAUUUGGUUUAAUCUUUAAAAGCUGCUAGAUAUGUGAUUUACAGCCUACAGUGGUUAGAACAGCUCUUACUAUUCAGAGGGUCAGAUGAGAUGUAUAAAGUUGGGUUCUCUGUCACCACUAGAUGACACUAAAUCGUACACAUUGCACCUUAAACAUGUACAUUUGAAAUCUUAAACGUGUCUUUUCAGAAAUUCUCAUAACAGAUUGUCUGCAGGUAGCAGGUAAUGAUAUCACCAGUUUUCAUUGGAACUAUUUAAAGAAAUAUUUACUGAGAAUAAUAUGACAAAACUGAUGUCAUUCUCCAAUCAUUCAGUCCUGGACUUUACAUAUAGAGCUAACAAACUGACACAGAUACUGCAAAAGCCCAAAACCCACCUAGCAAAAUGUGUGUCAUUUGUUUUAUCUUUACACUACACUACUUAGAGGGUGUUUUGUUCAGUGUUACGUCUGGUUGCUUUCCAAAUCUCUUCUUUUUAAAUAGGCUUAUAAUACUUUUAGUAGUUGUUAAUCAUAAGUAACAACAAUACAAUUACUGAACUUUAAAGGUGAUGCUUAAUUUUUGGACAAAAGAAAGCUACGUACCUUCUUUACCCUCGUUUACCUGUUCAGUCUUAAUGUUGCGUUAGAUUAAGGUUAAUUUGGCUCUGGCUUCAUAUUCAUAGUACAUGAAUAUGGUUAAAUGUUUUCCAAAAGGAUAAAAUAUUCUUGUAAAUAGCCCAAUGAAAGCUGUUGAUAUCUGUGCUUCUGGACAUUAAAGUUACAAAUUUGACUUCUUGUCCAUUCUUCUGUAUUUUGGACACGGAAAUUACAUGAAGACCAACCAACCUUCCAAACGAUAACUAUCUUAAAGACAAAUAUUGGAAUAUGUGUCUGGUAAAAAUCUACUAACUAUGCAGUCAAAGCUGCGAAUAUCUCCCACUCCUGUCCUCUCAUAUCCCUGCUUUGGAGACUGACUCUGCUGGCUAGAUGUAGUACUCCCACUUGUACCUUUUUAGAAACACAUCCGUAAAAUCCCACACACAUUCAGACUUAAACAGGUGCAAUCUGUCAAAUCUGCCAUGGGGUUAGUUGGCUCUCUGUAGUUACUGUAGCACUGAACCAUGCCUUUCUUCUUCUGCUGUCAAAAUUAAGAUCCACGUUGUAUAAACGAUGGAAAAUUCACGCCAAAUAUGUGGAAAUAUUUCAUCCUUAAUGUCAUACCCUUGCCUCUUCUUUCAUCCUCAAUCCCUCUCGAAGUGAUUAGUGCGACUCUGACAAGUCACUUUUACUUUGAACUGCAUAGAUCUUAUGUCAGUAUUGAAGUAGCUUUGGUUUUGUUCCUUAAUUGGCCAUUAGACUGAGAGGUUGAUGGUGCUUCCAUGGAACUGGACAGAUCAAUAAGCUAAAGUUACGGCUUUGAAAGAGGACAAAGAGGGGAAGAGACAUUGUCCUUCGGGUUUGUUGUUGAAAAUGAAGUUAAUAGUGCCUGAACCAUCUGUGUUUGUUUUAUGUUUUCUGUGUGUUGUCAAGGAGCUGUCACCACCGCUGGUGCACUUGUGUUUAUUUAUUUGAAAGAAUCCCUUUCUGAAUAUGUUUUCAUAGAGAUUAUGUUGUCUCACAUGUGCUCACUGUAUAUACAGUCACACUGUACACUGACACUUUAACGUCAGUAAUGACAUGCUUAUCAACUAACUGUUAUGUGUAGGACAUAACCAACAACAACAGACUAUUGCAAGUGGUGAGGAGAGCAUGUAACCAGGGUUUUUCCAAAUAAAAUUCAGCCUUCAAACAAU